GCUGUACAGCUGGGCGCCAGCUGAUAGAAAACCGACAAGAAAAGUCAAUAAUAGGAACGCUAUCUACGUUGAUAAAAUAUUGAAGCACUUGUGUAUAUUAGUAUUUUGUGAUGAACAGGUGAACUUUUAUUACUUUUUAAAAUGGCACAACAGAAUCUUGCUGUUAAACUAUGUGGAGUGCUUCAAGCGCAAAGCCAAGAAGAGAUAACCGCACGGGAAUGGCGUUUAAUAGGCCAAGAGCAAGAUGGAUCUCAAGUUUUUACUUGGGUGUCGAAGAAAAAUGAAAGAGAAGUCAUGAAUAUAGGCGUGUAUGCAAAUAGCACAAAAACUCUUAAUGUAUUACAUACAUUUGAUGAGAAAUUAAAUAUAAUACAAGCCUCUGUGAAUUCUACGCACAGCUUACUUAUUUAUGUUGUUAAAAUACUCCCCAAAGAAGAUGACAAUAUUAAAGAAGCUUUAUAUUGUCCAUACUUGAUAUCUUUGCUUCCCGAUAAAAUAAGCGUCCCCGAGGAAAUUGAGGAAAGCUCCAAUAGGCAGAUAAUGGUACAAUAUAUAUAUGGGAAAAGUAAUAAAUAUAGCCCUGGUAUUAGGAAUGAUAGAUUUUUAUUGUUCAAACACUUGGAAUAUAUCAAGAUAUACAGGACACCGAUGUUUUUGAAUGAAUGCGACGAUGGCACUGAGAGAUGGGGUUUUGAUGGCAUCUACCCUGAACCAGAGACUAUCGUGAAAGUGUUCUCCUGGGCGCAGUGGGACUGUGUCAAUCAGGUGCUGUUCUACAUUCACUACCGUCAGCCGGCGCAGAGCUUCGCAGAAGGUGAAGAAGUCAAGUCGCCGAGCGAAUUGACGCCUACGCUCUCAGCGUUGCAGUUUCACGCCGAUUUGCCUCACGAGACUGUGUUGAACAUUCCGCUGAGCCUGGGGCAGGCGGCGGGCGCCGGCUCUGCGUGCGGCUCGUACGAGGACGACCCGCUGCCGCUGCGCGUGCACGACUGCGGCCUCGACCUGCACAUAGUGUGCGACGCGCGCGGUCUACUCGCCAUCUGCCACCACUACCUCUACAAGCCUUUAGACGAUUCCACCACGUCCUUGGUACUAGAAGACAGCGCGGAACUGAAAGAGUCGGGUGUGAACUUUGCAUACUCCAUCACCCUUUUACAUCAUGGUUGUGUAGUGCACAGUGUGGUGCCGGAUCUGCCCUGGAACCUCGCGAAGUCGCUCCGACCUUCCUACACACUGUACGAAGACAAUCAUCUUCUGGUGAACAUACCGAUGCUCUUCACCCAUUUGAUAGACAUCAGUUUACACCACGAGCCUUGUUCUCACAUCGUCAUUCCUGUAGAAGAGACUGAAAGUGGGCCCAGUCUCGCUCCACUGCUAGGGUGGGGAGUCCACGCCAUGGUGGACUUGAAUACGUUGGACGUAGUUACAAUGAAUGUAGCUGAAAAGGAUUUGGUGGCGACGUUCAAGAGUAACACGACGGUGGAAAACAAACUUGCGAUUAUACAUUACUUGAUACAGCAUGAGGGGAAUCUGGAAUUAGCUGAAGAGUUGGUGUCGUGGCUGUGCGUGAACCAGCGCGAGGGCCUGGGCGGGCUGCAGCGCGUGCUGCAGGAGUACCUGGUGGGCUACACGUACGCGAUCACACGCCGCUCGCUGCCCGCCUCCGCGCUCCCCCUCAUGUCCAUGCUACCCUUUACACUCCACCUCAAGUUCGCAGAUGUUAAGGCCGGCGAGGUAUCGGUGUCCGUGAGCCAGGAGAAGCUGUGGAACAGUGCGGCGGUGGUGCUGGCGCCGCGGCAGCGCGUGAGCCAGUUCGCCGAGGACGCGUGGACGCGGCUGUGGGCCGCGCUCGCCACGCCGCCGCGCCGCCGCCUGCGCCCGCCCGACGUGCUCGAGCGCCUGCGCGUGUCGCUGCACUGCUACCAGCCAGAAGCCUUAUCUCGCUGUAGUACACCACUUUCGCCGACAGCGAACGCGCCUUUAGCUUCGCGAAGGCCGUCCUUUGCGCCACAAGACGCAUUACCUUUCUACGAGUUGGAUGUCUGCACUGCUAGCAAACAAGAGCACAUUAUCGCCGCGAGAUGAGAUGGACCCCACGCACGCGCUGAUCCUGUUUAAGAUCCUGGAGCAGUACUACCUGGCGACGGAGUCGAUCGCGUUCCCGCUGCCGCAGGGUUUCAGCUCGUUCUUUACAUACCUUGGAUACCGCACUUUACCGUUUCACGCCUUCGUGCAGUACGUGCACCGGAACAUCUUUGAACUGCAGAUCGACGUGCUCAAGGCGAUCAUAACAGGUAAAGACGACGAGGAUAAGCGUGUGGUGAACAACAAGCUGCGGCUGGUGCAGCUGGCGGGCGAGGCGCGCGGCAAGCGGGCGCUGUGCGCGUGGCAACACCGCGCCGCGCUGCAGCUGCGCGCGCGCGAGCACGCCGCCGCGCUGCUCAGUGGCGGCCCGCCCACGCACGAGCGCGCGCGCCACCGCCCCGCGCGCGAGCCCGCAGGUAUAGCAGCACUACCAUCAGGUGAGCGACUCUCGCCGUUGGAUACAUUCCUAGACCUACUGACAGCUAAGGCAAGCCUAAAUGAACUGGAUUUCAACCUCAUCAUAGAAGCCACUCUCGCUUCUAUACAGCACGAAAAAGCUAUUUGAUC